AUGCGUCACAUGCAUCCAUCCGCACACGCUCGUGCAUCAACCAAGCAGAUAGAACACGCAGCAGCCAAUGGAAACUUCGAGCUCGUCACUGCCCUUCUGAAAGCGGGUGGCACAGGAACUCCAGGUCUAAGAGGCUGCCGCGGCCGCACUCUUCUCGACGCUGCUGCAGAAGGCGGCAACGAACAAGUGGUUUCGACUAUCCUGAGGGCGGGUGCAACUCCGGAUCUAUGCGCGCGUUCGGGUUCCAAACGAAGGAGUGCCUUGCACCGCGCGGCGCUCCACGGGCAUGAGGCCGCGGCCAGGGUCCUGAUGAUGGCCGGGGCCAACGUCGGCUCGCUCGAUGCUGACAAGCGGGGCCCGCUAGCCCUCGCAGUGAGGGGCGGGCACGAACACCUUGUGUCUUCGUUACUACUCGGAGGGGCCUGUCCCAGCGCGAAGGACAAGAAGGGAGACGCACCCCUCCACCUCGCUGCUUGGCGUGGCCGUGCAGGCAUCGCAAGCGCACUGCUUCUCAAGGGCGGGGACAAGAAUGCUCUGGACAGUCUGGGUCGGUCACCGUUGAUUGUAGCCGCGGAGCAUGGUGCUCGUGGCACGACAGACGCUCUCCUGAUGGCUGGAGCCGACCCAGAUAUUCGCUACGGAGAGAACGAGCCAUCGCCCCUCGACUCGGCCGCGUCGCACGGGCACAUCAGCGUCCUGAAAGCUCUGGCCCAUCACGAAGGGGUGGACGUCAACGCUGUCGACUCCACCGGUUACACGGCGCUUCACAUGGCCGCGGACAACAACCAGUCGAGUGCAGUCGGCGUGCUCAUUGCAGCCGGCACCGACCUGGAGUCGCAAGACAUCCAUCAGUGGACACCUCUUCACUGCGCCGCCAGGUGUAACACCUGCUGCGAUGUCGUCCUCGAGCUGUUGAGGCGAGGCGCGAAGAUGGACGCCCGCGAGUCGGCCGGAGAGUACCCGCUUCACAUUGCGACUCAAUACCUUGCGGACGAAAUUGUGGACUUCCUGCUGAGGUGA